AUAGGUAUCUGUUGUGGUGCUGAGGAUACCACUAAAUGAGAAUAAUAGCAAGAUAAAUAUUGUAUUCUUGCAAGUCAUUGUUGCCUAUCUGUUAACAUUACCUGUGAAUCAAAAUAAUGAUUAGCCAGCUGAUGGGGAAUCAAUAUUAUGAUUAUCUGUAUGAAGUGAAUCAAUUUCUUGAUUGCCUUUGACUACCUAUAGAAUUCAAAUUGUUAUGAUAGGAGCAAUAUUAUUUUGCUUAGGAGAUAGUUCCAGCAUUUCUGUUCAAGAUCAGGCAUGCUCCUUCUUGAAACACUCUCUUAUUUUUAUGUGAUUGGUAAAGAGGUCCGAACACCUAGAAGAGAAACCAGCAGAAAUCAUCCUCACGUGAGUGCUUUCUCAUACAUUUUCCUUCCUGUCCGUGAUGGGUCACCUGUGGCCACUGCUGCUGUCGGCCAGCCUCUGGCUGUCUGUGUGUGCCGCGGGCGACAACAGCACCCUGCAGCUAGUGCAGGUGCUGUUCCGACACGGCGCGCGCACCCCUGUGGUCGUGUGCCCCACUGACCCGCACCGAGACCUCUGGCUGGACGAGGGGCUCGGCCAGCUCACGAACCAGGGCAAGCAGAUGCAGUUUGAGCUGGGACAAUUUCUGCGGACACGCUAUGACGGCUUCCUCAGCGAGAAGUACCACGAGAACUACACACUGGUGCGCGCCUCGGACGUGGACCGCACCCUGAUGUCGGCUGAGGUCAACCUGGCCGGUCUGUACCCGCCGAAAGGGCGCGACGUGUGGAACCCGGACCUGGCGUGGCAGCCGAUCCCGGUCCACACGGAGCCCAUCACCUCCGACAGGCUGCUCAACUUCAUGGCCGCCUGCCCGCGCUACGCCAUCGAGCUGAAGCGCGUGCUCAACACGACGCCGCUGCGACUGGUGGAGAAGCAGAACCAGCCGCUGUACGAGUACCUCAGCCAGCACUGCGGCGCGCCCGUCCGCGACCUCGAGCAGGCCAUGCUGCUGUUCGACCUCCUCCUGAUCGAGGACGCGCGCAACUGGACGCUGCCGGCGUGGGCCACCGCCCGGCUGGCGCCCUACAACGCCACCGUCUACCCGGACGUGCUCAAACCGCUCAACGAGCUGGCGUUCGACCUGCUCAGCUACGACGCGGCGCUGCGCCGUCUGGGCGGCGGCGCCCUGCUCGCAGACAUCACCGAGCACCUCUCGCAGAAGGUGUCGGGCACCCUGUCGCCGCCCAACAGGGAGCUCUUCAUGUACUCGGGCCACGACUCGGACGUGGCGGCGCUGCUCGGCGCGCUGGGCGUCUACAACGGCAUCGCGCCGCCGCUGGCCAGCUGCGUCAUCGUCGAGCUGCACCGCGACGCGUCAGGCGCCUUCUUCGUGGAGCUGUUCUACCGGAACGACACGGCCGUGGAGCCGUACCAGCUGCGGCUGCCCAACUGCACCGGCCGCUGCCCCUGGGUGGCGUUCCGCGACCUGACGGCGCCGGUCCGGGUCCAGGACGGUGCCGCCGAGUGCGCGCCGCCCCCGAGCGGCACGCCGACCGCUCAGGAGGUCACCAUCAUCGCCCUGGCCGUCUCCCUCACCCUGCUGCUGGUGCUCUGCGCCAUCGGACUCUUCAUCUACUGCCGCCGGAGCCGCAACGGCGCACUGGCCUACUCCCACUUCGGCGAAAUCAACGGCUAGAGCGGGGGCGUUUGGCGUGUGGUGCCGCUGCCAACGACCCGGUUUGAGGCUCGCCCACAUGCAGGCGUGAUGUGGUCUUUCCCGAUGCCUACUUAUCCCGCCUACCAGUUAACUACCAAGGAUCAGCUUUGGCUAGCUGCAUGACAGAGAUGAGCUAUAUUAUCUACCAGUCCUCUGUGAAAUCUGUAUCUUGUAUAACCCAUGUGAAGUACCUAUAUCGUGCAUUUGAGGUUGAAGACAACGGUCAACAAGCAGUCAGCAAGAUAUAUUGAAGGCUGAUGUGAAAGGCUUUGGGUGAGAAGUGUGCAUGUAAUAAUUGCAGUAAUGCCACAAAAUGUCACCUAAUAUUUGUUUAACGUUCAGUGAGCGCAUGGAUUUGUGCUUUCAAACAGUCAUGGGCAUUAAUAAGGUGAGCCCAAGCAGCCUCGCUGCCGUGGAUGUUGCUAUGGAUCUGAUGUUUACCAGCAGUCUAAAUGGAUUUUGUGUGAGCCAGAAUCGUACAAUUAUUUCCAGUAACUGAACUACGCUUAGCAAAAUCCAGCAUUCAUUUGUAAUUUGUUUUGCGUUUGGGUUUGCUUGAAGCGCUCGUUCCUAGCGCUUUUAGGUUGAUAUUGUGUUCACAACUGUGUGCAUUGUUGUAUGAAUGGUCGUUGCUUUGACCUUGGGGCUAUCUUGUAAGGGUCGUUCAGUUUAAUUGGAGUAAUUUCGUCUCCAGCAGUGUUAUGGGAUUUGUAUCAGCUUUAUUGAUGGCCAUUUUCUCCUUUGUCUUUGAUUGGUUUGGUUAUUUUACCGAUACCUGAUAUUGGUUAUUGACUUGUAAAGCCACAAAAAGCCAGUAUUUAGAGCGACCUUGCUGUAUGCAUAUGUGAGGUAAAUAAAUGAACUAAACAGCCAA